AUGAUAUUGAUUAUAUUGAAACUAAAAUAUCUAGUCUUGGGAUUGAUCAAAAUCUAUUCAGGAUUUAUUAAGGGUCAAGAAUAGCUAUUCCUAGCUUUUCUCAAAUAGGUUAAAUUACUACAAUACAAGAGAAAAUAUUUAGAAGUGAAUUAGCAACAUUAAUACAGAAAACAAUUCCAUGCCAAACAUAAGCACUAAUAUGAACAAUAAAUGCAAUUAUCUUUGUUAAUUUAAUAAACUACUAAAACAUUUAAAUAAAUGUAUGUUUUACCUACUCUUAAAUAUCAUUUGAAUAAGGUGGUGUAAAUAAUUGAUAGUUAAAUCAGUUAGCCUAUCGCCCAUAAAUUAUAGUCUGCUUAUGCUCAUUCUUCAUCCAUAAUCUCUACCUGCCUCAUUCCGAUUCAACCUAGUUAAAAUUACACCAUAAUAAUGGCGACCAUGUAUCUACUUUGUUUAGUUAACAUAUAGGGGUCGUAUUAUGUACUUUGGUUAUCCAAACCCUCUCAUAUGUUUCCUAUCCAAAAAAUUUUUAAUUAAGAAUAUUAUUUUGAGUUAUAGAAAAAUUAAAAAAUAAUCGUAAAUUACAACAGGUUUGUAGUAUGAAUAAAAAUUGGGAUAUAGGCAGAGAUUUAAUCAUAUUCUUUACCUGACAGAAAAAUGA